GUAAAUAGAUUAACUUUCAACCUACACAAAUUGCCACCUUCUGUAAAAGAACCUUCUUUAAUAUUUUCUGAAUCAUCUAAGCCAAAAACUGUGUGGAAAACACCGAUUUCUAAAACAUUAAAUACAGGACAAUUGGUAAACAAAGGAAUCGAAAAAAUGAAUAAUGAAUUAGAUAAUAUAGUCUUGAAGGAAAAUAUAAAGUUUGGUAAUAAAGAAGCAAGAAAGUGUAUGUCAAAAAAAGUACUACAAUAUUUGCAAAGCUUUUUUUUGGCAGAUAAUAUAGUAUCUGCAAAUCAAUACUUUUCUGAAGAUAUGUAUAUUGCUUUUAAAGACCUGGCUAUAAAUAAAGAGCUUACUUUAAAAGAAGUACUAAUGGCAAAAACUAUCAAAGGCUGGAUUGGAAGAUAUAGUGCAAGCUUUAAAAAAUAA